AUGGAGGAGGUGAUUUUCAAAAUCAAGGAGGGAAUUGAAGAAGUGAUCAAUGGCAAACCCCCCAAAGUGAAAUCACUCAGGUAUGCCAACUGGGAUAGGGAUAUGGAAAGUAAUUGGUCACUCAAAGAUUGGGGGUUGGGGGUUAUCCCUGCUUCCAAAAUUAAUAGGAAGUUAAUUAGAUGGGAUCCUCCGCAAGGUGAUUGGAUCAAACUGAAUUUUGAUGGAGCCUGUAGAGGGAACCCUAGACCAGUAGGAAUUGGAGUGGUCAUCAGAAAUUCCUCAGGGAUAUUACUAGGAGGGCUAUAUGGGAGUUUGGGACUAGCUACAAACAAUGAAGCAGAAAUCAGGGCAUUGGCGGCAGGAUUAGACUUAUGUGUACAAAGAGGGCUGGGCAAAAUAUGUUUCGAAGGAGACUCACAAAUUAUAAUCAAUGGGGUUACCAAGUCUAGCUUCCCGAAUUGGAAACUCGGCAAGUGGGUACCUCAUAUCAAUAAGGCUCUAGAAUCUAUCAACUCAUUUGAAUUCAAACACACAUAUAGAGAAGGGAAUAAGGUGGCAGACCUCCUGGCCAACAUGGGAAUUGAGAAGAAUAUUGGUACAAUUAUCUUCGGUAAUGAAGAUGUAGAUACAGUGGUACUGGACACUAUAUUGAGUGAGAGACCAGAAAGGCAACGUACAGGGAUUGGAUAG